AUGUACAAUUGUGUCUCACCCGUCCAAGGCAUCACUGGCGCGUACCAGGGUCAUAGUUUGGCCGUGCAAGCCUCGGUCGCCAGCCUACUAGGAUGCGCAGUGUACGGUGCUCUAGAACUGAUUGCUCUGAUCUUCAGUAUCUUCAAUGGGUACCGCGGUCUAUACUUCUGGAGCCUCCUCCUCUCUGGUCUAUUCGGCGUCAUUCCUGAUGCGCUCGGCCUCGCCAUUAAGUACUUCGAGCUCGGUCCAAUAUGGGUUGCUGUCACGCUAUCGACAAGUGGUUGGUUCAUUAUGGUGACAGGCCAGUCACUUGUGUUAUACUCGCGGCUGCAUCUGGUUGUUUUAAAUACAAAGGUGUUGAGAUUUGUGCUGUGCAUGAUUAUCUUCAAUGCGAUUGUACUAUCGAUUCCUCAGAUUAUUGCCUCAUAUGGUGCAAUAUAUGCUUGUCGCUAUCAAUUUGGUGUUUUCUUUAACUACUGGGAGAAGGUGCAGAUUACUACAUUAUUUACACAGGAGGUUAUCAUCUCCACUAUAUUUAUUGUCCAGGCGACCAGGUUGUUACGCCUAUAUCCGACAUUGAAUAAGCAGAGGACAGAGAUUAUGCAUCAGCUUCUGGCGAUCAAUGCGGCUAUCAUCUUGAUGGACAUUUCAAUUGUGGUUUUGGAGUUCAAGGGUCUGUUUAUUAUACAGACAUCGUUGAAAUGCUUCUUCUAUGUCAUCAAACUCAAGUUAGAAAUGGCUGUCCUAUCGCGGUUGGCUUCAGUCGUUCAGAUUCAUGUCCAGGGAUCAUCGGGACUAUCAGAAAUAAGCUAG